AAUAUUUUUAGUAAAAAAAAACUAAUAGACAAGUAUGUUAAACUCAUCUGAGGAUGCCAGAUGGACUGUGUUUUCACAUUGUCGAGAAAAGGCUAUUUCGUUUCUACAUUCAUUAAGACAUGACAAUGGCAAUAUUAAUGAGGCUGAAAGGUUGCAGGGUGCACUUUCACUUGGUGUGUGUUUAAUGGUUAAUAUGUAACAGUUGUACAUGCAACGUUCUGUAAAGCACUUAGUGGCUACACAAGCUGUAAACUGUUUUUGUACUGUGUCCUAAUGGUCCUCAUGCUUUGGGAGCACAUUCUGAUAUUCCAUAUGAGUUUAAACAAAUUAAACAUGUUGCCAUGGCUGUGAUGGGUGAUUUAUGAGACCAGGCUAAAAUAUAAAGUCAUGUGAGCAAAGAAGGGGGCUUCAUAUUGCUUUGACCAGUGCAGUCGAAGCAUCUGUGCUAAGUAAAAGGGACUUCAGAUGGACUUUAUUCACAGCUUUGGUGUGCUUGUCAUACAGCACCUGCAGAACGACUACAAAGAUUACCAUGCGUUGCUUAACUUCAUGUCAACUGUGGGUGACCCUCGUAAUAUAUUCUAUUUCUAUUUUCCAUUUUGGUUCCAUCUCAGUCAUGAUGUUGGCACCAAGAUGAUUUGGGUGGCUGUUAUUGGAGACUGGUUCAAUCUCAUUUUUAAAUGGAUCCUGUACGGGCAGCGGCCUUACUGGUGGGUACAAGAAACACACUUGUACCAGAACCAUUCAGUACCACGUUUGGAACAGUAUUACAUAACGUGUGAAACUGGGCCAGGCAGUCCUUCAGGUCAUGCCAUGGGCUCAUCCUGUGUCUGGUAUGUGAUGAUCACCUCUGCUCUAAACUUUGCCAAGCCCUCCACUGUCUCUUCUCACUGGAGCUUCCAAAGGUUUUAUCUCUUGAGGUUGUCUUUGUGGAUGGUUUUUUGGGCGAUUCAAAUAAGCGUUGGUGUCUCCAGAGUUUUCAUUGCAACACAUUUCCCACAUCAGGUCAUCCUUGGUCUUUUCACAGGUGUGCUGGUUGCUGAAGGGUUUGAUCACAUCACUUUGGUCUACAACGCGAGCUUCAAAGUUUACCUCCAGGCCAAUAUUUUCCUUCUGUCUUUUGCCGUUUGUUUUUACCUGCUCCUCACACUGAUGGACAUCGAUCCUUCAUGGUCAGUCACUAAAGCAAAAAAGUGGUGUGCUAAUCCGGACUGGAUCCAUCUGGACACCACACCCUUCGCUGGUCUGGUGAGAAACCUAGGAGCCUUGUUUGGACUGGGCCUGGCACUGAACUCUGAUAUGUUUAUUCAGAGCUGCAAGAGGAAAAAUGGCUACAAAAUCGUGUUCAGAGUCACGUGCAUGGCUGCAGGUCUAACAUUUCUGCAGCUUUACAACUUCAUUAAAAUGCCCACUCACACUGAGACUCUGUUUUACAUAUUUUCAUUCUGUAAAAGUGCCUCAGUGCCUCUGGGUGUGGUUGCUGUCAUCCCUUACUGUGUUGACUUUCUGAUCAAAGACAAGGACAGGAAGUCCAUUUAAAAUGUCAGACUCCGCCUUCAUUUCUUUUCUGUCAAUAAUUUGUUUGACACUGGCAAUAAAAAAAUGUGUGUGUAUGAAAAGGUCUUAAGUUUGUAAUUAAAGUGCCUGUCGACAGGAAUUACCACAACAUUACU